AUGCUGAGCCUCCGAGCGCUGACGCAGCGAGCUGCUGGCCGCGCCGCCAUGAGCACCGCUGCGGUCGCGCCACGCCGCUCGUCCCAUGCGACUAAGGCGGCGAUGGCUAUGGCCGGGCUCACGGCGGCCAUCGGCGGCGGCGUCUACUACGGGUCGCAGGUGGACGAGGGCUUUGCGCGGUCGCUCUACUUUUACACGAAGGCGAUGCCCGCGUACAUCCACUACCGGUCCAAGCAGGUCUACAUCAACGACGUGCUGCAGCUCUCGCAGGACGAGCAAGACGCGCACUACGAGGAGCUUCACGACUUGUAUGCGCCAACGCUGUACGAUGUCGUGCUGCACCUCAAGGGCUUUUACGUCAAGCUCGCCCAGAUUGGGUCGACGCGCCACGACUUCCUACCCAAGCAGUACCUCGACCGGUGCAAGAUCCUCCAGAGCGAUGCCCCGUCCAAGCCCAUGGACGAGAUCGUUGGCAUCAUCGAGCGGUCGUUUGGCAAGCCGAUCUCGGAGAUCUUCCUCUCGAUCGACACCAAGCCGCUCGGCGCGGCGUCCAUUGGCCAAGUGCACAAGGCCAAGCUCCUCGACGGCACGACGGUGGUCGUCAAGGUGCAGUUUCCCGAAGCCGAGCAUCACUUUCGCAAUGACAUUGGUACGAUCAAGACGUUCUGCAAGCUCGCGCAGCCCGAGCAGCUUCCGUUUCUGAACGAAGUGGAAAAGCAAUUUAUGACCGAGUUUGACUACCGCCGCGAAGCCGCCAACCUCGCCGAAGUCCGCGCCAACAUUGCAGCGAGUCCGUACGCGAGCCGGUUUGUCGUGCCCGCGCCGUACCCAGAACUCUGCACGAAAGACGUGCUCGUGAUGGAGUUUCUCGACGGCAAGAGCCUCCUCGAUGGCAUCCAAGACCACUUUGAACUCAUUGCGAAGGAGAAGAAUACGACGAUCGACGCGCUCAAGGCCGAGCAAGAGCGCGUGGAUGCGGAGCGACGGGCCAUGGGCUUGGCGCGCGAGAGCGGGCCGUCCGAAGACGAGAUGCGCAAGAUCCAGUCGUACUUGUACCUACGCGAGCUCGGCACACAAGUGCGGCAUGGCCUCUACGACUACACGCUCGGGUGGAUCUGGGCACGCGAACCGGCAGCCGACGACGCCGUCGACCACUCCAAGCUGCUCAACUUUGCGGAAAUCCUCCGCCUCAUCGUCGAGGUCCACGGCCACGAGAUCUUUGUCAACGGCUGCUUCAACGGCGACCCGCAUCCGGGCAACAUCAUGCUGCUCAAGGACGGCCGCAUGGGCCUCAUCGACUAUGGCCAGGUCAAGCACAUCACAAAGGACCAGCGUGUGCGCCUCGCCAAGCUCGUGGUUGCGCUCGCGGAUGGCACCAGCGACGACGUCGUGCAGGCAAUGACGCACGAGAUCCAAGUCAAGACCAAGCACAUGGACCCGUACGUGCUCGAGAAGAUGGGUCGCAUCAUGAUGGACCGUGACGACGCGAGUGUCACGGGCGGCAUGAACAUCCAGCUCUUCGCCGAGCAAAUGAGCAAGCGGGACCCGCUCGUCGAGCAGUCGGACGACUUUGUCAUGGCGUACCGCGUCUCGCUCCUUCUGCGCGGCUUGAGCUACGCGCUGCACUACGACAUGUCGCACGCGCAAAUGUGGCGCGACAUUUGCAAGCGUGUCAUCGCCGAGGCAGAAACAAAGUAG